CAACGGACAUACGUGGAUUGUGAGAGGGUGAAUUGUCAAUGACAGGCUCAUCGUCAUCAAGGUACCUCGUGGAAAUUCCUGGUCGGAUAAGUCCCCAGUCAUCACAUUGGUUGAGGCAACUAAAUGUAUUUGGAGAUGUGAGGUGCCAAAUUGACCCCGAUGACGGAGAACUGUCCAGAUGAAUCUUCCCAAUCCGUUGUCUCGGUAGACGACGCACAGCAACGCGUUGAUGAUUGGCUGAAAUCCUGGGACGAUGGAACCCUGGGAUCGCUGAUGGAUACACACCCGGACCCAUGUCUGGUGGAACAUUUUCAUGACCUAAUUGGUGGACGCCCGCACCUUAGAAUCCUGGUACCUCUGUGUGGAACAUGUCUGGAUAUGAAGUGGUUUGUUGAGCGUAGCCACAGCGUGGUUGGCGUGGACGUCUCCGAGGUGGCGGCCAGACUGUUCUUUGACCGGAACCAGAUCCCCCAUACAGUGCAUGACCUUCCGCACGUGCAGGGGAAACUAUAUCAGUCAACGGAUGGUGCCCUCAAAUUCUACGUGAUCAACUUCUACGAUUUUAACGAAAACCUGGAGGGUCUGUUUGAUGUUGUGUGGGACACCGGGUCUCUUGGCUCUAUCGAUGUUCGAGACAGAGACCGGUAUAUGACCGCCAUUAACAGCGUACUCAAACCAAACUGCGUCUACUUGCUCGAGACACUGGUGUUUGACAAAACGAAAUUUGAAGGUCCGCCCUAUAGUUUCCACAUCGAAGAUGUCCCGGAAGUGUUUGGGAACAAGUUUACCGUGGUCAAAGUCGCAGAGCAUGACUAUGACGUCCCUGAGGAUGACUGGGAUAUUGAAGAGGGUAUCCAGGAUAUCGGAUUUCGAUUCCACUUUUAUUGUCUCACACGGAUGUAACACCGCUCAGUCAACUCCAUCACCGUUUUGUAUAGCAUGUUGCAUGUUGGGGGGGGAGGGGGGUGUGUGUGUGUGCACGGUUGAAGUUCUGUGACGUCACAACUAAAACCAGCGCUGUGGGGCAUAAUCACUUCCCCAUGGCCUCGCCCUAGAGUACACACGAGUCAUUGACGUCAGGUUUCUGAUAAUGGAUGGACACCCGACGUUUAGGAGUACAUUCUUACCCCUUCAUCAGAACAUCGUCCAUAAAAUACUGUUCGUGUACAUUCGGGGCAGUGGGGUAGCCUUGUGAUUCUCUCGUCACACCGAAGACCCGGGUUCGAUUCACUAUAUGGGAGCACUGCGUGAAGCCCAUUUCUGGUGUCCCUCGCCGUGAUAUUGCUGGAAUAUUGCUUAAAGCGACUUAGAACCAACCUCACUCACUUACUCACUCACUCUUGUAUACACAAAUGCCAAAGGAGAUUCGGCAAAAACUAUCAGAAAGGAGUCGCGGUAUUGGUGGUAAAGUCGUUUAACCGUCAGUUGUUAGAUAUUCGGCAGCUGCCUUGUAAUAAUCAUUUGUUAAAUGCCUCUUCCUUGGGAAGUUGAUUUGCUAAAGAGAGUUUAGUACUAACAGAGUGGUGUCCCUUUGUAAGGCAAAUGAAACGGUUGGAACAUUCAUCAUCCGACAAUAACUCAGAUGUUGCCUGAUGUGUUGAUAUAACUAAACGUAAUAGCUCCAGUCUAUCUAUAGUGCAGUUUGUUAGCACUUUGAUCGCCCCAAACAAAUCUCCAAGGUAUUCAUGGCUCCAUGUUUCAAAGCUGACUUUUGUUCUGUUGUUUGGGUGCAAUUUCAAUGUUAGUAAAUUGAUACUUAAUAAUGGACUCUUAAAGUGCUCUUGUACCAAAGAACCUAGUGGUUACUGGAUUGGGUCGGCUUGUCGGAUUCCUUGUAUUCUUCAAUGUGUGAAGCUCAUUCUUCAUUCACUGAAGCCAAUUCUUAGCUUGAUUAUUGCCAAACGUUGCAUAAAACAGAACUCACUCACUCAUUCUCUUGAGAUUGUUCCAGUAUGCGAGAUAAAUGUUUAUGAAUGACUUGAUCUCGUCACUAUAUGGCUGGAAUAAUGCCGAUGAGACAUAUUUUAGCCCAACUCAUCUCAACUCAGGUUGACGUUCAACGUUCAUCUCAGCAAUAUUUGAAAAGGAGCGAACAUUUGUUUGGCCAUCUUUUCAAAGAGCAGGUAUUCUGUAAAGACUAUCACAAUCAGCUAAAACACGAAGUUGUAUUUUGCUGAAAAAUGAUAUUUCAAUGGUACUCCCUGUGUAUUAGAACUAACCCCUCUAUUUCUAGGGGGCGGUGAGGUAGCCUAGUGGUUAAAGCGUUCGCUUGUCACGCUGAAGACCCGGGUUCGAUUCCCCACAUGGGUACAUUGUGUGAAGCUCAUUUCAUGUGUCCCUGGCCGUGAUAUUGCUAGAAUAUUGCUAAAGCGGCGUAAAACCAAACUCACUCACACACUCACUCACUCUAUUUCUCGUACAGUGCAAUAUUUCUUAUGCAAUACAAAUGCCUUAUUGGCGUGCGUUAUGUCAACCACAAAGGUAAGACAAAAAAAUUGUGUUUUGCGAUAUUUAGCUUCAUAUUCUUUUGUAACAAUUGAUUGUUAUUAUAUUAAAAUAAAAUACUUUCACAUUACAACUUCCAUUCUGUGCAUAUCUAGCCUCAAAAAUCAAUCUACAAAUACGAUUAACGAACAAUAUGUACCUGCUGAGGCAAGAAUAGUUGAUCACAUCUCCAUAAGAUGCCCAUGUUCAGGCAGCGUUUAUACAG